AUGCCUUCUAUUCCGGAGCACAUCAAUCUAGCAGCAUUCAAAUUCCCAUUGGGAUUCAUUAGAAUCAUUCAAUUCAUUUUCAUCAUUAUUGCAAUCGCAGCAGUCAAUAGUUGGGGAGUUAAAGUUGAAUACAACUGUAAGAGUCCCGCAAAUGUAUCAAUGACAAACUUCCAGGAAGUCUACACUUUUUCACUUUCAAAGAUUAAGUUCACUGGCUGUGAUAGUCAGAAAUACGAUAUGUGGAAUGGGGAAGAUAGUGCUGGUGGAAGUGCUGGAUUCUUCUAUUUUGUCAAUGUCACUGCUCUGAUUUAUGUAAUAUUCAUCUGCUUUGUUUAUGUCAUUUUCUGGGGAAUUUAUCAAACUGAGAAACGUCUUCCACUCGUUGAUCUUGGUGCAACUGCUCUCUUCUUCGUUCUUUUCUUCUUCUGUAGUUCAAUUUGGUGGGCAGGAGCCAACACAAUUGGAACUGCCACGUCAGAUGAACGACUGAAAGAGAUCUUCCAACGCAAAGAGUGGGUUAAUCAGAGUGCCACUUACUCGAACAGAGAUGUGAAUAAUGGACAACUUGCUAUUUCUGUGCUGGCAAACUGGGUGUGUGUCCUCUGUUUCGCCUUCAAUUGCUGGUUCAUAUAUAAAGAAGUCGUUCCACGUGAAUCUGCCCAUCCAACAGACAUUGCCUAA